AUGUUUGGUUAUGCCUGGAAGAACGUUUCCCAGAGGACAUUCAAGAUCGACUACAACCAGAACUGCUUCCUCAAGGAUGGGCAGCCGUUUCGCUACAUCUCGGGAAGCAUUCACUACUACCGUGUGCCCAGCUUCUACUGGAAGGAUCGGCUACUGAAGAUGAGGAUGGCUGGCUUGAAUGCCAUCCAGAUGUAUGUGCCGUGGAACUUUCACGAGCCCCACCCAGGACAGUACCAGUUUUCUGAUGACCACGAUGUGGAACAUUUUAUUCAGCUGGCUCAUGAACUGGGACUGCUGGUUAUCCUGAGGCCUGGACCCUAUAUCUGUGCGGAGUGGGACAUGGGAGGGUUACCUGCUUGGCUCUUAGAGAAAGAGUCUAUUAUUCUCCGUUCUUCAGACCCAGACUAUCUUGCAGCUGUGGACAAGUGGUUGGGAGUCCUUCUGCCCAAGAUGAAACGUUUCCUGUAUCAGAAUGGAGGGCCAAUCAUAACAGUUCAGGUUGAAAAUGAAUAUGGCAGUUACUUUAUCUGUGAUUACGAUUACCUGCGUUUCCUGCAGAAGCGUUUCCACUACCACCUAGGUGAUGAUGUGCUUCUGUUCACCACUGAUGGGGCACAUGAAAAGUUCAUCAAGUGUGGGACUCUGCAGGGCCUCUAUACCACGGUGGACUUUGGAACAGGUUUUAACAUCACAGCUGCCUUUCAAAUCCAGAGGAAGUGUGAGCCCAGAGGACCCUUGGUCAAUUCUGAAUUCUACACUGGCUGGUUAGAUCACUGGGGCAAACCUCACUCCAUAGUCAGUACUAAAGCAGUGACCUCCUCCCUCUAUGACAUACUGGCUCUAGGGGCGAAUGUGAAUUUGUACAUGUUUAUAGGUGGGACCAAUUUUGCCUAUUGGAAUGGGGCCAACACUCCCUAUGCAGCGCAGCCCACCAGCUAUGACUACGAUGCCCCACUGAACGAGGCAGGGGACCUUACUGAGAAAUAUUUUGCUGUGCGAAAUGUUAUCCAGAAGUUUGAGAAAAUACCAGAUGGUCCUAUCCCUCCAUCCACACCAAAAUUUGCAUAUGGAAAAGUUGCUCUGAAAAAGUUAAAAACAGUGAAAGAGGCUCUGAACAUCCUGACUCCCUCUGGACCAACCAAAAGCUUUUAUCCCUUGACAUUUGUCCAGGUGAAACAGUAUUUUGGAUUUGUGUUGUACCGAACAACACUUCCUAAAAAUUGCAGUGACCCGACACCUCUCUCUACAACAACAGUCGAUGGAGUCCGGGAUCGGGCCUAUGUUUCUGUGAAUGGGGUCCCCCAGGGAAUCCUUGAGCGUAACAAGGUGACCACUCUGAACAUAAGUGGGAAGGCUGGAGAUACUCUGGACCUAUUGGUAGAGAACAUGGGCCGUGUGAACUAUGGCAGCUAUAACAAUGAUUUUAAGGGUUUGAUUUCUAACAUGACCCUCGGCUACCAUAACCUCACAGACUGGCUGAUCUUCCCACUGAACACUGAGGAUGCAGUGCGCAGCCACCUGCGUGGAUGGGGUGACCAUGGAAACAGUGGCCACGCUGAAACUGAGCCUCAGAGCUCAUCUAACUUGACACUUCCAGCCUUUUAUGUGGGGAACUUCUCCAUUCCCAGUGGGAUCCCAGACUUGCCACAGGACACCUUUAUUCAGUUUCCUGGGUGGACCAAGGGCCAAGUAUGGAUUAAUGGCUUUAACCUCGGCCGCUAUUGGCCUGCACGGGGCCCCCAGAUGACCUUGUUUGUGCCGCGACACAUCCUGGUGACCUCAUCCCCAAACAACGUCACAGUGCUGGAGCUGGAGCAUGCACCCUGCAGCAGUGCAGACCUUGAACUGUGCACAGUGGAGUUUGUGGACAAGCCUGUGAUCGACACAUUGCUGCCCUAUCACCUCCUCAGUCCAAAGCUGUCCAGUCAAAACCCAUGA